AUGGCUAAAAUCAACUGUGAAUCUGGACUUCCAAUCAACCAAGCUGAAGACGACAGUGAGGAAGAUUGCGAAUUACCAGCUGAACUAGCACGACUUCUUGAGCACGAAGAGAAAGAGAUUCAGCCAUAUAAAGAACCAGUGUAUGUCAUUAACUUGGGUUCUGAAACUGAUAAAAAGGAGGUAAGCCCUGAGGAAGGCCCCGAACCAGGAUCACGAUGGACGCUCGUGUUCGAUGGUGCUUCCAAUGCCCGAGGUCAUGGUAUAGGUGUUGUUAUCACUUCUCCAACUGGUUUUCACAUCCCCUUCACCGCUAGAUUAUGUUUUGACUGCACCAACAACAUGGCAGAAUAUGAAGCAUGUAUCUACGGUUUAGAGGCGGCAAUCGACUUGAGAAUCAAAAUCCUCGAGGUAUUUGGUGAUUCAGCUCUGGUAAUCAGUCAGGUGAAAGGCGAUUGGGAGACUCGGGAUAUCAAGUUGAUACCCUACAAAGAGCACAUCAGAAAACUGAUACCCUAUUUUGAUGAAAUCUCCUUUCAUCAUAUUUCUAGGGAAGAAAAUCAGUUAGCAUACGCUCUGGCUACACUGGCAUCUAUGUUCAAAGUCAAAUGGAAGAAUGAAGCACCAUCCAUCCAAAUUGACCACUUAGCUGAACCAGCACAUUGUCUAGCAAUUGAGGUUGAUCCUUACAAUAAGCCUUGGUUCUACGACAUAAAGACAUUUAUGAAGAAAUAA